AUGGGCAUUGCGAUGAUACUACUAUCCUCACUUGUCACAACUCUGACGGCGAUUUCUAUGAGUGCUAUCUGUACAAAUGGAGAAAUGAAAGGUGGAGGAUUAUACUAUUUGAUUUCGAGAACCCUUGGCGCUGAAUACGGCGGCUCAAUUGGACUGAUAUUUUCACUGGCUAAUUGCGUUGGUGGAGCCCUUCAUAUAGUCGGAUUCGCCGAGACAGUAAAUCAGCUCUUGCUUGAGAGAGAAUUUAAGUUUGUCGAUGGACAAAUAUGGACAUUCGUCUCAUAUCGUAGUAGU